AAACAGUGUAUCAGAUCACAAGAGGUUUUUAUUUCGUAUUUUCUUCGCUCCCUUGUUCGUCGUCUUGUUCUUCGAUGGCGCACGCAGUCAAGGAGCGUGCAUCGUGACGUCGUGCGCGAGAAAGAUCCAUUCCUCGUGUAUCAGAGGAGCCGCCGCGAGACCUGGUCUCGGCGUGGAUUCUUGCAGCGAUUUUUAAAAGAGAGGAGCUGGGAAUCCGGCGAAUCGGCACUGUUUCUAGCUGGAUUAUGACCAUCUUGUUCGUGGCUGUGGCAGAUUAAAGGCGGGCAACGACGUGCUGCGCAAUGGCGCUGGCCGUGUCGAGCGAAAUUCGCAUUGCCGCCCUGUCGCCAUUCCCAUCGCCGCCGCCGCCGCUGACCUCGACUUCUCCGUCUUCUUGCUCGUUUCUACAAGCCAGCUAUGGUGCCAGCAAGGGGAAAUCGUCCAUAGCUAGCAUUCCGGGAAAGAAGACUUUGAGAACUAUGAUGAAGGUAGGGGGCUACGCGAUUUUGCCAGAGGAAGAAAGUCCGUGUACUUUGCGAGAAAGGAUGGGGCGUGGGCUGGAUGUAAGUUGUAGAGCUCAGAGCACCGCUCCAGCCAUGGAGACUGAGCAAGAAGGCUGGGAAAAGCGUCAGAACGAAGCAGAUAAUGGAGGAUCGACGUCAUCCUGGCACUGGACUCUAAACUGGAACGAGAUCACUUCAAGCAUUGUUGUUGGCUCUUGUCCACGAAGUCCCGACGAUGUGGAUAGAAUUGCCGAGGGAUGUGGGGUCAAUGCGAUUUUAAGCGUGCAGUCGGAUGUUUGUUUGGAUGCUCUCAAGAUACCAUUUGAGAGCAUAAAACGAAGAGCGUCAGAAAGAGGCGUCUACUUGGAGCGAGUCCCUAUCCAUGACUUCGACCACGGUGAUCAGGCACUGAUGUUGCCAGAAGCGGUGAGGAUGUUAAACAUGCUUGUCGCGCGAGGAUUGAAGGUUUACGUCCAUUGCACUGCCGGUAUCAAUCGUGCUACGUUAACGGUCGUAGGAUAUCUUACAUUUAUACAGGGAAUGGACCUCGAUGACGCUGUUAAUGUUAUUAGAUCAGCUCGAAGCAUAGCGCAUCCCUACAUUGACUGCUGGAUCGAAGCCAGGAGAAGAUUACUCGACGGAAGAUCAGAAGAGCUGACAGCCGUGUCAAGACAAAUCUACGAAUGUCGCUGCAGCAAGGGCCUUAGUGGCAAUUCCAAAUCGGACUGGGAAGCAGCACAGAAACAAGCAAUUACGAACACGUUCAAUCGUUGGCUAAAAAUCGAUCUGGGAGUGAUUGAAACGGAGCUGGAUUUACUGGAUCGACAAUACGCCGCAGCGUUGAGAAAAGUCAAGACGGAGUUUGAGCGAGACAUGGCCGAUGCUCGAUCAGAAAAAAACCACGUAAGCUUUGACUACACGCAGUAUGUAGCAGCAGCAGCAGCGGUUGCUCCGACGUCAACAAGAGCCGGUGAAGAAGAAGACGAAAAGGAAGGAUCAAACGAGGAAGAACUAACCGAGGACGAGGACGAGGACGAGGACGAAGACGAGAACGAGAACGCAGCAGUGGAGUGCGAUGUCGUAACGCGUCAGUGUGUGACGAAACAAGACGAGGUGGAUCUCAUGUUGCAAAGGCCGCUCAGAUGGUAUCUGUCCAGAAGCCACUGAAAGAACUUCGAUCGAAUCUACAUUGACCAAAAGUGCGCUCACUGAAAUCGAUGUGAUGGUGGCGGGCAAAGUUUGAAGCAUUCCGGCUAUCAUUUAUAGCAGAGAGCGGGAAGAACAGUAGCGGCGGCG